AUGGGCCGAGAGCUCGAAGAGAACUACGACCUGCUGGAGAAAAUCGGGCGCGGUUCAAGCGGGCAGGUUUUCCGGGCUCGAAGAAAAGCGGAUGAGAAGGAAGUCGCUCUGAAGGUCAUGUCAGCAACCAGUCCAGAUGUUGUUGCGUCACGCCGCGCAGAGUUCGAGAUACUCUCCCACCUGAGUCAUCCCAACAUCGUGCAAGGCUUGGACUUCUUCUGUUCAGGCAGCACUGCAGUCAUCGCCCUGAGCUACCACUCGGGUAGCACGUUGUCUAGAGCCGUCAGGGACUCCGCAUCUUCCUGCUUGAUGGAAGCAGACUCGAAGCGGCUCUUUCGCAAGCUUAUCUCCGCAGUUUCGUAUCUGCACGAGCAUCGCAUCGUUCAUCGGGAUGUGAAGGCCGACAACAUCCUGGUGUCGUCUGAUCUUAUGGACCUGCACCUGGUGGAUUUCAACACCGCGAGGCCACUUCUGGAAGGUGGCGCUCUUACAAUGACGGGGACAACGGAGUACGCUGCUCCGGAAGUCUUGAACGGAGAGUCGCCUUCCGAGCAGCAUGACGUUUGGGGUGCCGGCUUGUGCCUGCACUGGAUGCUGAUGGGGGCCCUUCCACAAUGUGCCAGUGGAUAUUCGACUUUGAGAAAGUUUGCCGCGGCCGUGCACGCAAUGCCGGUGACAUGCCAGGGCAGCCGGUGGGAAGCUUUCUCACCGGAAUGUCGCGAUGUGUUGCGGCGAUGCCUGACCAUUUCUAAGCAUCAACGCCCGGCCGCAAUGCUGGUCUUGCACCUUCCAUGGGUAGUAGAAGAGUUACCAGUGCAGAAGAGACGAGCGACCAGCCCCACAAUGACCUUCGAUGACGCUAUCGAGCUGUGGGCAACGAGCACGAUUCCAAGUUUGCCGGAGCUGAUACUUUAUAUGGAAAGACCUGAUCCGCUGGGAGUUUUCCUGCUCGUUCGUGCGACCACGAGGCAGGACACCACCGACCAUUAUUGA